CGAUGCAGACGGACGAUAGUUCAUCGGUGCCUAUCGACAUGUAAGUAAACCUAGCCCCCUUCUCCUCUCCCUAAACAUAAUUAAUUAAAACAUGCAAUCUUGACCGGUCAAGUUUCUUUGUACGUUCGUAACUUAAGGAUUUAAUUAUUUUUGUUAUUAAUAGUGAUCCUGAUGAUAGUGGGCUCGUGUCCGAAGAUGUGGAAUCGAGUGACGAAUAUGUAAUGAGGGUCGAUAGAAGAGGACGGAGAUCGGGAGUAAUUUACUCGGAUUCGGAGGAUGAGGAAGACGAAGACGAUGACGACUUGGACCGGUCCAGCCCGGAUACUCAAUCUGGCUCAUCCAGCGAUAUGACCGCGGACUUGGACCUUCCAGAAAAUUUUCACCUCCGACGACAUGGAAGGCUUUCAUGGAAUCUCCGGGAAUUGCAACGUCGUGAGGAGUUGAUCGAUUGGCUAAAGGAGGUGGAAAAGAAUCCAUUAGCAGGACGGGCAGCAUUUGAUCAACGACGGGAAGAGCUUGAGUUGGCAGCUAAUUGGAGACAGCAAGAUGGGGAACAUAUGGAGAUUUAUUUUGAUAUCCAUAUUCCACGUUCGCGAGUAAAGGGUUUCUAUGUCUUCAAAUCUAAUAGAAGAAGGAAUGCCUUAGCGUCUUAUUACGCUGCACAAAUGAGAUUAAGUGUAUCGCAGGCCAGAUCCGAUGCAAGCGAAUCUUAUAGAAACCCGGAACACCCUCUUCAUGACGUGCUUAAAGAAAGUGUACAAACAUCAGACGAAGCUAGGCCCCCCAUGGACAUCAUAUACGUAGCAUCUCUAAUUCAUCCGGAUAACAUGGGUGUUGAUUUAUGGGAAACUGUUAAAUCAAUUGAACCGGUUCAAAAUGGAAAUAAGUUUGAAAACUAUAUCGGAAUAUACAAUGGAAACAAGGGUCGUUUUGCAAUGAGAGCUUCGAACUUUAAGGCUGCCUGGGAAGCAGGCACGGUUAAUCGGACAGGGGAAAUUGGAGAAGGAUUCUUGUUGGCAUACGGAUUGAAAUUCAACCAAAUCCAUGGAGUCGAGCGCUACAUCAUAACGGAAGCUUCAACCCCACCUGUCGACCUCAUCAAGAAAGCGCAUAAAUAUGCCGUCGAUGGAGUCCCGAUGUUUGAAUUCGUUGAAGAUGAAGAUCUGGACCGGUCCAGCCCACCCCUCUGGGCUACCCUGGACCAAGUGACUACGCUCCCUUACACGAUCUGUAAGAAAGAUCUGAUAAUUCGAUAUGAUCCGAACUUCCCUGAUGACAAGCGUCACUACAAAUCGUUCAAAAAUUUUGAUCGAUUGGUUAAAGCAUUUGGAUAUCCCCCUGAAGAGUAUUUUGUGACCGUUGAUGGUUCUCGAUAUCACCUCCGAUAUUAAUUUUAUACAAUGAUACGACAAUCUCAAGUGUACGAAAUGAAUUUUUUUAAAUUUGAUCUAGUUAUACAUAUAACAUUUUAUAAUAUUGUACGAUGAAUUGUUUCUGCGUAAUAUAGCGAUAUACGUGUAAUUGGAAAA